UGUAGCUUUUGGUUAAUAGAACUACCGGCUAACAAACGGUGGGCCCUACCACUUUACCGGAAGUCUCCGGUCUCUGAAACCGUUGGCUCUAUAUACGGAGAGCGUUAUCCGCCUCUGAAACCCUAUAUUUCUAUCUACAGCUAUGGGGGACCGUGACGGCGGUUUCAAAGAAAUAGAAUCAAUCGGAGAAAUCGACGGCGCCGAUGCUCUUUUGGCGUCUAGACGCUAUAGUUGUUUUUGCUUCCCUUGCUUUGGACAAAGCCGGUCGGCUUCCGACGAACUUUCUUGGUGGGAACGGGCGAAGGCGAAAGCGAAAUCGACGAAGUUCGACGGGGAGGAUCAUUGGUGGAGUGGAGGAAUCAGAUCCCUCAAGAAGCUUCGUGAAUGGUCCGAGAUCGUCGCUGGUCCUAGAUGGAAGACCUUCAUUCGCCGGUUCAAUCGGAACCGGCCUGCCGCCGUGAAGCUUGGGAAAUUCCAAUAUGAUCCCAUCAGUUACGCUUUGAAUUUCGACGAGGGACAUAACGGUGAUGUGGAUUUCGAAGGGGAUGAAUACAGUGGUGGGUUUCAAAACUUCUCCGACCGAUUUUCCGCCGUGCCGGCGUCGGGGAAGUCGUCGGGCGCGGCGGUGGCUAGUUAGGAUGCGGCGGCUACGGUCUGUUCUUUUUCUCUGGUGAAGUUGAACGGGCGGUUUCCGUUCUGUGCUGCGGAUUUAACGUAUCUUUUUCAGUUGAUGAGCUGGAAGUUGACCGUUUGCGAUAGGAGGCACCAAUGGCGUCGGUACGCGUGUUAAAUAAGAUAGUUUAUUAUAUUAUGGGGGUGACGUGUAGCAAAAUGAUUGGUGUUCAUAUUCUUAUAGAUAAUAUAAUUUUUAUUUUUUCCGAUUAAA